GCGCGAGCAAAUUUGCGAAUGUUGGGCUGAAAAAGCUCGAUGAUCCAUUGCCGACGACAUUGUCCAAGCAGGAGGUGAGACGGUCGCGCAACGCCCCCAAUCCAUUCAAAACACUUCAAUGAGGAAAACAUUCCCAAAAUGUUUCUUGAGCAGAGCCGGGGCGCCGUCUUGGUUUGCUCUUCUGCAAAAGAAAAAAGCGACCUCAGGCCCGGGAUGGUUCGACAUGCCUCGUACAGACUUGACUCCAGAACUUAAACGCGAUCUUCAGCUCAUCAAGAUGCGAAGUGUCUUGGACCCACACCGCCAAUACAAAAAGGAUAACGGCAAGAUGCAGGCGCCUGAGUUCAGUCAGGUGGGAACCAUUGUGGAGGGCGCGACAGAGUACUACUCCGGCCGGCUUGACAACAAGCAGAGAAAGCGGACUCUUGUGGAGGAGGUCCUUGCCGGCGAGCACGAAACGAAACGUUUCAAGCGGCAGUAUGGUGAACUUCAACAGAAAACUACCAGUGGCAAGAAAUCGUUCUAUAAGGCGCUCAAAGCGCAGCGACAGGGUGGUUUCAAGAAAAGCUCUGCGGGAUGAAGGUGAAGUCCUCAAGUGCGCCUGCAAUGCUUUGCUCCGCGCU